AUGGAGACGAUACGACGCGCGGAGAUGGCGUGCGGGGGCCCGUCGACGCCGCCGACGAAGGAGGAGAGGGAGGCGCGCGCGGCGAAGAAGACGGACGCCAACAAAGCCGUCGCGGCGAAGCGUCUCGCCGCCGCGAUGGGCGGCGGGUUCAAGAAGAGCGGUCGCGACGUCGAGGAGAGGAAGCGCGCGAAGAGCGGCGGGAGCGGCGUGACGUACAAGUACAACGAGGGGUUCACGAACGCGGUGCGACGCGUCGUGUUCAUGCGCGACUUGUUGUGA